ACGCGACUUCCAGCUGUCACCACUGCUGCGACUCUGGCAGCCGUGGCGGCCGCCUCUCGCCCUCCCACGCCCCGCUCGCAGUAACCGCCGCGGCACCGCUGAUGCUCAGAGCUGCCGUCACGCGCCCACCGCACGCGCGCACGGCCAACGUCGCCUCGCUCCUGGAGCCUUCACCCACCGGGGACCCCAACAAACGACCAAGUGGUUCUGAAUGACGGGCGGUCGGUUCGACUUUGACGAUGGUGGCACCUACUGCGGAGGCUGGGAAGACGGGAAAGCCCACGGCCACGGCGUGUGCACCGGACCCAAGGGCCAGGGCGAGUACUCGGGCUCGUGGUCGAGCGGGUUCGAGGUGGUGGGCGUCUACACCUGGCCCAGUGGGAACGUGUACCAGGGCUACUGGGCGCAGGGGAAGCGCCACGGCCUCGGCGUGGAGAACAAGGGCAGGUGGACCUACAGGGGAGAGUGGAGCCACGGGUUCAAGGGUCGCUACGGGGUUCGGCAGAGCCUGAACACACCGGCCAGGUACGAGGGCACGUGGAGUAACGGACUACAGGACGGCUACGGCGUCGAGACGUACGGGGACGGAGGGACAUAUCAGGGCCAGUGGACCGGUGGGAUGCGCCAUGGGUACGGUGUACGUCAAAGUGUCCCGUAUGGCAUGGCCUCUGUCAUCCGAUCACCUCUACGAACCUCGCUGGCUUCCCUCCGCAGCGAGCAGAGUAAUGGGGCCGUACUGCGGGACAGCCUGUCCGACAGCCCCGCCGGCACGCGAGGCGGCUUUGUGCUUAACUUCCACUCAGAUGGCGAAGGAUCCGAAAAGAAGAAGGGCCUUUUCCGUCGUGGCUCCCUUUUUGGCAGCCUUCAGCGGUUGCGCAAAUCAGACUCUCGCUCGUCCAUUUCUAGUAAGCGCAGCUCCGCAAACAGUGAUACCACCUUGAGCCGGAUCAGUUCAAGCGACGCCAACUCCACCAUCAGCUUUGGGGAAGGGGACACGGGGGAUGACUACCUGCCUCUGGAGGACAACGUGGAUGCAACCACCACCGAGUCCUACAUGGGUGAGUGGAAGAAUGACAAGCGCAGUGGCUUUGGUGUCUCUGAGCGCUCCAAUGGCAUGAAGUAUGAAGGCGAGUGGUUGAACAAUAAGCGUCAUGGCUACGGUUGCACCAUCUUUCCUGAUGGCACCAAGGAAGAAGGAAAGUACAAAAACAACGUGCUGGCUCGGGGCAUCAGAAAGCAGCUGAUCCCGCUGAAGAACACCAAGACCAAACAGAAGGUGGAUCGAGCCAUUGAGGGGGCAGUGAGAGCAGCAGCCAUUGCCAGAACCAAAGUGGAAAUUGCCAUUUCCAGGACAUCCCAUGCUCGAGCCAAAGCAGAGGCUGCAGACCAGGCUGCACAGUCAGCCUCUCAGGAUUCUGAUAUUGCCAGAGCUGUGGCCAGAGAGCUGUCCCCAAGCUUCCAUCAGCCAGGUCCUGACUACAUCCGACAGAAGUACAACGAGCCAAUAGAGGUGAAGGAGGAGCCUGUGGAGGACAAAAAGGAGAAAUCUCCAUCAAGCAGCCCCCAUUUCUACCGAAAAGGAACCACUCCAAACCAGUCUCCAUCCCAGAGCCCAGCUCCCAGUCCCACUCCUUCACCCACUUCUCCUAAAAAGACUCCUGGCAGCGCUGCUCCCAUGAAGUCUGUUGGGAAAGAGAACAAAACCCCAUUAACAGAGUCUGUGCAAACAGCAUCCAAAACCGUCAGACAGGAAAUGAAGCAACACGAACCACCUCCUCCUGCAGCCAAAGCAGUAGGUCCAACAACACUUAGCUCCUGCCCCAGCAAUGGUCAGAUUCACUCCCAAUACCACGGGUACUAUGUCAAGGCCGAUGUCAAGGUCCCCCCACCAGACGAGCCAGCAGGCGUUGACUAUGACCUUCACCCAUCAAGCCUUGCCCGGUUGCCACCAGAGGCCAAACCGAUUUGGACACCUCCACUAAAAUCUGUGCCCGCCCCAAGCCCUUCACCGGUUCCACCAAAAGAAAGCACCAAAGCCCCAGAGCCCUCCAAGCCAAAACGACAGGAAUCAACCAAGCCAAAGAGCCUGGCAGAAACCAAGAAGGCCAGCGUGGACGUGGCUCCAGAAGUAGUGGAGGAGGAAUCGGGCCCUAACUCCAUCUUGGUGGCUCUUGUGAUGCUGUUGAAUGUAGGUCUUGCUAUCAUCUUUGUCCAUUUCCUCACUUGACCAAAUCUCAACUCAGCAGACUCUUCAGAACUAGUCCUCUGGUCUGCUACCGCUCCAUCAGCCACAGGGGCCCUUUAAACGAUGCCCCUAGUCAGAACGGCAGACACAGGCAAAAUGAAGGACUGAAAAUAAAUGAAGGAGGAAGACGAGAAGAAGAAACACGGGAGGAAAGAUGAGACCUACACCUCGUCCAAAGCUCUCUUUGGGCGGACUAUGACUGUGUGUGGAGGCCAAAUCCUCCCUGAUUGGAUGAUUUGUGACUCCACUCAAAGUGCAGUGAAAGCUGAAGCAAGCAGCCACUAGUUGGAAGUGGACCCCUGAGCCACCAACUACGGAUUCUCUAUCAGGGGUAGAAAUAACAGGAGGCCUGGAAAGUGGAGUGGAUGUGGAUGAGUGUGAGGCCUAACAUCCAACCUACCAUAGAUGCCUGGCGUGUGUGCUGUCUGUGGUUCCAUUUCCAUCCAACCCUUCAGCUAAUUUGGUUUGGUAGUUUUGAAGUGCUGCAAUAAAAGCUUUGUCCCUGGCCAAGCUGAGUGAGGGAGAAUUUGUUUGUGAAAUGAUUCACCAGGAGACGGCCCUUCAACGGCUCACAUGCUCUGUUUCAUUUCAUUUCACCCAGACGUCUUGGUUGGUGGAGGAACAUUACAUGUCACUCUGUUUGUGUGGAAACCGAGCUAGUGCUUGUGUGUGGCGGUGCUUUGUGUGUGGGCGGGUGUGGACUGGAUAUGUUUGGAGAUGCACUUUGCGCUGAUGGAAGCCAACAGCUGCCUUACCGUUUUACCGAGUGACGCGGUGGUGGGUGAGAGGGCCCCGGCAGGAAUGCCAGGCGUUCGGCUGAUUCGCCCUCUGCUGGGUUUAUUUCUGUCACUCUAUUGAUUUGUUCAUAUAGUUCUUACCCACGGGUCUUAGUGCCUGCUGUUUCCUACACAGCAUCAAGUGCGCGAUAGACAAUCAGAGGGAUUUUAUGGAAAAAUAAUACAAAUUUCUACACUAUUAUUAUUAUUAUUAUUAUUAUUAUUAUUAUUAUUUUCAUUAUUAUUGCUGUUGUUUGAAGGAGUCAGUGGAUGAAUGAAAUGCUCUUUCUGACAUGUUCACUGUUUGUAUCUAACCUAAUCUAAACUGUUAACAGCUAAUGAAUCGUAUUAAUGAUCAAGUUUGAAAGGUGAUUUAUAAGAAUUUGGGUCAUAGCCCCAGCACUGCACUAACAUAGGUCCUUAUCACCUGAAUCAGUAUAUUAUCAUCAGUGUUUUAGCGCUAUAGUAUAGUAUAGUAUGUCACACACUCAGGGAAACAUACAAAUUAAUUCAUUACAAAGUGAGGCCUGCCUGGAUCAGCUCACUGUGAGCAUCUAUAUGUAAAUCGAUUGAUUGGAGGGUCAGCGCCGUUGCUGGGUCCGUACCAACAGACCUGGAAGCGACGCAGGUGGCACAAGCCAAGCACAAGGCAGCCUAGGGAACCCACAGUAGAAUUUAAAGUGUAAAGUGGUUGAACACUGGUGAUGGGUCGGCACUGUUCACAUGUAAUCAGCAUUUUCUUAACUCUGGGUUAUGUAUAGAACUGCAUGGAGUUUGCUUUUGAGGGUUAGUUAUUGUUGGUCACUGUGUCCUUGUGUUUGCUUUUUGCUCUGUUAACCACAUUUAUUGAUGUCCAAUCGCUGCUAGUCUUCAUGGGUUCUCACUUUAUGCUGUUGCUGCUGUCAUGCACUGUGGUUGUCCUGCAGCUGAAGGCCGGGAUCUGACUCCUGCUCUGCUGUCCUCAGAGGGUUUGGAAUAGUUUACCUUCAUUUUGGUUCAUUUUUCCUUCAUACUAAUGUUUAUUAUUAACUUAUUUAUUUAUUUAUUUAUUUGUAUUUGCUUUUUGACUUAAUAGUGGCUGACCUGAGCUGUUGGUAAUAAACCAUUGUUUAAUAAUGUGUCAUUAUCAAUGGAAUUUUUCAAAGACACGCUUUACAGCCGAGAAAUGAAAUGAAAUGAGUUCAUAUCUGAAAUGCUGAAGUGACUGUUGGAACAAGUCACUUUUCAUUAAUUUGAACUGUCGCUUUAGAAAGUUACAUUUAAACUCUUUAAUAAGUUUACAUUAGGGAAAGGCUUUGUCUUAAAUAUGUUUUGGCCAUGAUUUACUGUGAUGAAUUGUUGUUGGUUUCUGUAACGUGUGCAGAAAGAUUCACUGUGAGGAACUAGGAAGAGAUAAUUAGUAAAGUUUAUAUUUAUGGGAUUGAGCAGUAGUAGGUGUCUGAUUAGUUCGGUCAUCGACGAGUGAAGCCUGUUACUGAGCCGCUGACCGUUACAGUGUUAUAGAAAUGUCAAUCUUCUGGUGGUCAUUUCAGAAUCUCUAGAACUGCAGCUACAAGUUUAAAUAGAAAAAGGGUCAGUCGGGUUUAUACCUGAGACAUGGACAUCUGACAUGACAAUAGAUAUCUAAGUAGUUCUACUAAGCAUGGACACGCCAAACACACACACACACCUGGUUCCUGUUGAGUAGAGCACAGGAGCUAAUGUUUGCUCGAGGUUUAGAAUAGUUUUCCUUCUGUCAGGGAUCUUGUUACCAGAAAGUGACCUUUCAUUAAUCAGACCUAAAAUGGCAUGUAAUACUAAUUUCAAGAGAUUUCUAUUUGUUCUCAUUGUUUGUUUUUUUGUAUUGUAGUGAAUGGACAUGAGGUUUUGACCUAAGCUGGAAACUUAAUGAAAGGUUCAUGGGUUGGUUUAGUUUAGGAGUCAGUGAUGUACUGUAGUGUGAUGCCUGGCGCUUUCUGAACAGACACUAUACAUCAUGUUGUGUGUUGUACUGUGUGUUCAGUGAAGGGUUGGAUGUCAAGCUGUAGGAACACAUUGUAUGUAGCGUGUUUUUAACUACACUAGUGUAUUUCACCAGAUGAGUAACAAAAAUCACAUGAAGUGCUUACCAACAGACCUGCAUGUUCAGGUCCGGGAUGUUUUAAACAACAUGAUGUACAGUAUCAAACAAUUAGACAUGGGUAGAUACUGCAUGGGUAGUCAUUGUGGCCCCAACAACAUUUUUAGACUUAUCUCGCACCAGGUUCAGCAGGUGGAGCAGGUGGAUGAGGUCCAAAUAGAUUCAGAUGCUGUAUGUUUGAUCACCAGCAGCAGGACCAUCUGUGGACCAGUACCAGAGUGUGGGGGUGUAAAUAUGAUGCGGAUGAGCUUGUGUGGGUGUCGUUUAGUUCAAGGAGUGAAAACACACAUGCUGGUCUGAUCUAAGACUAAAAACAGUGUUGCUACAAAGAAAGGAAGAAUCUGAGGGUUCUACUGUGGAAUGUUUAAGAGCAGGGAGCAGAAAGUGUACGAGGACUGUUCUACUGGGAUAAAACCUUAUUGGUGGAACCUGAGUCUUUGAUUUUAUGAAGCCAGUCAGUCUGCAGCUGAGUUUGUCUUAAAUAUUUGUGUAUGUAACUAAGUCAGAACAUGGUUUUGUUGAGUGUCCAUAUUUUUGCCCUUUUCCACCUUUGAGGUGGUUUUGAGUUUCUCCUAGAUGUGUUCUGUUCAUGUCCAGGUCAGUGUUAAACCUAACGAAUCAACCCAAAUGUGCCGCUCCUUCAAAUAUACAAUCAGUUAGUUUUGUUGUCAGUAGGAGGCACUUAGACUCUUAUGAAACACAGUAUAUGAGCUUAUAUGGGAAUCAGGGAGUCCAGCGGGAAUCAGCUGGUUCCACUGCCAGAAGCCAGCGUAGAGUCUGCAGAGGAGCCUGUGGAUGCACUCACCUUCAGAACGCAGCUGGACCAUGAGCUUGGUUCACGCUUUAUGACCCCGUCAGUGGUUUAUACUUAUGAUGUUUGUCCAAACACCCCUUACUUUCACACAUCAUGAUAUAAAUGUCUAGCUGCAGUAACUUAUAAAACACAACUGCUACAUACUGUAUCAGUACUUGUCAAUGUGGGCUCUGCUAAACACAGUGAGCCUGUUACAUCAAGUUUACACUGCUGACAAUGCCAGGAUGAAUUUAAACUGAAUGAACUGAUGCGGAAUGUUUAGAGACAAUGAGUUUUAGUCAGCAGUGAACUUAGGCUUCACCUCGUAGCUUCAUUGGAAACAAACCGUCAGCCCCCAUGAAGUUACUUCCAAUGUAAAAGAGGCUCAGCUCCAAAUACAUGCAGCAUGAAAAUGUCUCCACUAGAUGGCGCCACACGCAACACUAAAUUAUAAUAUGAUUACAACGGUUUUUGAUGACGCACACGCAGAAACUGCUGUAAUCAAAGCGUCAGGCUUGGCUGUGACGUGGAGCUGGAGCUGGAUGAGCCUCAUUCUCAAAGCUGCACUUUUGUCUUGUAUGACUGUGGGACAGGGAACGUCUCUGACCUCUGUGUGACCUUUGCAAGCUUUUUUCCGGACCCUGAUUCAGCAUCUCCUGGACGACUGUGGCCCAAGUUAGACAGAAAGGUUGUGGCCAUGAGCUGGUUUCUGGCUGGUUUAGUGAGUGGCACCACAUACUGUAGCCAUGUAACAGCAGCACAGUUACACUAUGACUGAUAUCUACGGUUCUAGGACUAUGCUUUGUUUUGUGGCUGAUUUCAAUAGUGCUUGGUUACAAUCAGCUGUUUGGACUGUAGCUGUUGAUAAAGUCACAUGUUGUUUUACAUUACAGCUUUUUUCUGUUUGCUUUGUUUCUAUGGACAUAAAUAAAACAUGUGGGUUUACAUUUUC